AUGUUAUUAAGCGUGGUAUUCCUCCAUGGUCUUACCGGCCAUAGAGAGAAAACAUGGACUGCUGAAGGCGAAACUGAGCCAUGGUUAAAAACACUUCUUCCAAAGGACCUCCCGACCGCUAGAAUUAUAACUUACGGCUAUGAUGCCGAUGUGCUCCAUCUAACCCGUGUUGCUGGCCAAAACACAAUCCGAGAACACGCAAAGACUCUCAUCAAUGAUCUUAGCGCUCUUCGAACGGACACUGUUGGACGGCCCAUCAUUUUUGUGGUGCAUAGCCUUGGAGGGCUGGUAAUCCAGGAAGCUCUCCAAAUCUGCACUAAUCCGAAUGAUGAAGCCCAAAGUGAUCUUCUUUCGUCUACACGUGGGGUUGCUUUCCUCGGGACGCCACAUGCAGGAUCUGAUCUGGAAAAGUUCGCAACGGCAGUGAUAAACAUUGUCCGCAUCGCUAAAAAUCCAAACAAAAAGCUUCUGGGUGUUCUUAGAAGAAAUUCAGAGAUUCUGGCAAACAUUAAAGACGGAUUUCUUACCAUGGUUAUGAGGCGACUUCAAGAUCGCCAGAACAGUCUCAGGCCCAUCGAGCUUCACGCCUUCAUCGAGGAACAACCGGUGGAUUUUCUGAAACGCCGCGUCGUGGAACCUGAUUCGGCGAAAAUACCCGGCUACAACUAUGACACAAUCCCGGCGAAUCACAUGAACAUGACAAAGUUUAGCACAGCGUCCGACCUAGGGUAUCAAAGACUUCUGAACAGGCUGAAGCGUUGGAUUGGUGAUGAAAUCAAAGAUGGUACGGAGUCACUUUAA